AUGGCGGCCGCCCCACUAAUCCCCGCCUACGACUUUGUCACCCCACCAGCCACUGGUCUAUCGAUAGAAUCGAUUUCCCACCUUAGCUGGGUAUUCCUCAGCGUCACGUCGGAAAACUACACUCAAUCCCUUGAGUUCAUUCCCCAGAACUUCAAUCGAUUUCAAUUCCUCGUCGAUGUUUCAACCCUAAAAUCCGACGACUUUACGCAGAUUAAGCAACUGUUAAACGUCGGAGCCUCGAAAGUCAUAACCAGUCUCAAACAACUCGAAUCGCUUCGUGAUCCGAAGUUACAAAUUGACGAGGAUCGGUUGAUACUCGCUAUCCCUCGUGGUGAUAAUUACACCCGUGAUGAAUUUGAGAGUGCGAUUCGACAUACGUCGCUCGGAGUCUUUGUACCCGAUGUUCCCGAUGUUAAUGUCGGGUCGGUGAUCGAGUGGUUGGAGGCGUAUGGGACUGAGAACCGACCGCCGGUUUAUAUUUCGUUUAAGAGCGAGCCGGUGCUCGAGGAAGUGCUGAAGUUGGUCAAGCUGAAUGCUACGACUAUUAUCAAUUCGCAACAAUUGACAGUGGAUUCUAAGAAGGAGAGUGGAUUGCUGAGUGUCGCUCCCAUUUUUGCGACGGCUCUUAAGAGCGAUAGACCCGAUAAACUGUUUACAACGUUAGUAGUAGAUGAGCAGGGUGUCGCAUUAGGGUUGGUUUACAGCAGUCCGGAGAGUAUCUCAGAAAGCUUAAGGACCAGGUCUGGAGUUUACCAAAGCAGGCAGAGAGGAUUAUGGUACAAAGGAGCUACGAGCGGCGCUGUCCAGGAACUUGUCAGGAUUGAUAUGGAUUGCGAUGCGGAUUGCUUAAGAUUCACGGUCAAACAGAAGGGCAAGGGGUUCUGCCACUUGGAUACAAGAACUUGCUUUGGAUCUUCUACGGGUUUGGGAGCUUUAGAGGCUACAUUACAGUCACGGUUUAAAUCAGCACCAGAGGGCUCGUACACAGCGAGGUUAUUCAAUGACCCGGCACUAUUAAAAGCUAAGAUUAUGGAGGAAGCGGAGGAACUGUGUGAUGCGAAGACGAAGGAGGAUGUUGCCUGGGAGGCAGCAGAUUUAAUUUACUUUGCUCUUACGAAAUGUGUCAGCGCGGGUGUUUCCAUUGCUGAUAUUGAGAAGAACCUCGAUGCGAAGAGUCUUAAGGUGGUUAGGAGAAAGGGGGAUGCGAAGGAGAAAUGGACGAAAGGAACAAACGGGGCCAAUGCAACGAAACCACAGGAACCAGCUGCUGCACUUGCAAAGGCUGUUGAAGUUCCGGCUCAGAAGGACGCCAGCGGUGACCGAAUCGAAAUGAGAAGAUACUUCUCCUCUGAAAUCACAGCGGAAGAACUUGAAGCUAUCCUAAAGAGACCAUCACAAAAGUCUUCAGAAACAAUCAUGGGGAUUGUUAAUCCUAUCAUCAAAGCCGUUCGUGAAGACGGAGACAAAGCUCUCCUCGGUUAUACCCAGAAAUUCGACCGGUGCCCAGACUUGAAGUCCACGGUUCUCAGAGCGCCGUACCCGGAGAGCCUCAUGACUCUCACAACCGAAGUCAAGGCGGCCAUUGACCUCUCUUACGAGAACAUCUUGAAAUUCCACUCAGCCCAGAAGGAAUCCAAACCGCUAGUGGUUGAGACCAUGCCAGGUGUUCAAUGUUCUCGCUUUGCAAGGCCAAUUGAGAGGGUCGGAUUGUAUAUCCCUGGAGGCACAGCUGUUUUGCCAUCCACGGCACUUAUGCUCGGCGUUCCAGCUCUAGUUGCCGGCUGCAAGACGAUCGUAUUUGCAUCGCCACCUCGUCCCGAUGGCUCGAUUACACCAGAAAUCGUUUAUAUUGCUCAUAAGGUUGGAGCCGAAGCCAUUGUGCUUGCAGGAGGCGCUCAAGCUGUCGCCGCCCUUGCAUACGGAACUGAAUCUAUUCCAAAGGUAGAUAAGAUUCUCGGACCAGGAAACCAGUUCGUGACAGCUGCCAAGAUGGUAGUCUCAAAUGACACGGGGGCCACCGUCAGUAUUGACAUGCCAGCUGGCCCGUCAGAAGUUUUAGUGAUCGCAGACAAAUCGGCAAAUCCGGCAUUCGUUGCAUCGGAUCUACUCUCACAGGCGGAACACGGUGUCGAUUCACAAGUUGUCUUACUUGCAGUUGACUUGUCCAGCGAAGAGCUACAAGCCAUUGACGACGAGCUGCACAAACAAGCAAUGGACCUACCCCGUGUGGACAUUGUUCGCGGUGCUAUCGCCCACAGUGUAACUGUUGUCGUCGAUACAAUUGAUAAGGCAUUCGAAGUGAGCAACCUGUAUGCGCCGGAACAUUUAAUAUUGCAGAUCGCAAAUGCAAACGCAUGUGUCGAGAAAGUGCAGAAUGCAGGCAGCGUCUUCAUUGGGCAAUGGACUCCAGAGUCCGUGGGAGACUAUAGUGCUGGAGUUAAUCAUAGUUUACCGACGUAUGGCUAUGCAAAGCAAUAUUCUGGGGUUAAUUUGGCGACCUACGUCAAGCAUAUCACUAGCUCUGAACUGACUGCGGAUGGCUUGCAAAACCUUGGCACUGCUGUCAUGGACCUUGCAGCGGUGGAGGGCCUAGAUGCCCAUAGAAUGGCGGUAAAGAUCAGGCUGGAUCACAUGGCAAAGGCCGUUGAGCUCACGACCUUUGAAGGCCCCGGAACCGCUGGCCGUACCGUCUGGACCGGCCAGGAAGGCGGACCAAGUUCCAGAAUCAUGAACAACCCCCAAUAUCACCCCGCGUACGCGCCUUCUCCGUCUUUCGUCCCCACUCCCAGCCUCUCUUCCACAAUAUCAUUGGAUGAGGAGGUCAAGCUCUAUACGACCACGGCCCAGAGGUCACUGCACGAGUCCCUGGCCGAUCUUUUCUCGAUUAUAGUCGCUCUAGACUUCCUGGAAAAGGCCUUUGUGCGGGAUAGUAUCAAGGAGCAUGAGUACACACCAACGUGUUUCCGCUUGCUUGGUCAGUAUAAGACGAUUCUCAGCAACGAUGAGGUUAGCAAGGCAUUUGUGGAUCUAGAAACAUUCAAGAGAGAAUAUGACAUCGAAUACCCCGCGGCAACCUCACGCCUCAAAAUUGGAGUACCCGCUACCUCCGAACACCCAUCACGAGGGGGCGGUGCUGAUCAUUCACAGGGCAACAUCCCCAAGAAUGGCAUCACGGCAAUCCUCGGGCAACCGCAGCCGUCAGCCGGGCCAUCUGCAAAGGCGGUUGCUGAGUGUACCCAGAACUUCAUCACCUUUAUGGACGCCUUAUCUUUGGAUUUCAAAGCGAAGGACCAGUUACACCCUCUGCUGUCGGAGCUCAUGAGCAGUCUUAAUAACGUUUCCAACGGUGAUUUUGAGGGUAGAGGGAACUUAGUUCACUGGUUGAUCAAACUGAACGGCAUGAAAGCGACGGAGGAAAUGGAGCAGGAAGAUGCACGUCAAUUAUCCUUUGACGUGGACCACGCGUAUCAAGCUUUCUUUAGGACACUUGAAUGA